AUGUCCAACGCCAGUGCCAUCACUGAGUUCCUCCUCCUGGCAUUCGCAGACACAAGGGAGCUGCAGCUCUUGCACUUCUGGCUCUUCCUGGGCAUUUACCUGGUUGCCCUCCUGAGCAACGGCCUCAUCAUCACCACCAUAGCCUGUGACCACCGCCUCCACACCCCGAUGUACUUCUUCCUCCUCAACCUCUCCCUCCUCGACCUGGGCUCCAUCUCCACCACUCUCCCCAAAUCCAUGGCCAAUUCCCUCUGGGACACCAGGGACAUUUCCUAUGCAGGAUGUGCUGCACAGCUCUUUCUGUUUGUCUUUUUGAUGUCCUCAGAGUUUUACCUCCUCACUGUCAUGGCCUACGACGGUUUACUUGCCAUCUGCCAACCCCUGCACUAUGGGACCCUCUUGGACAGCAGAGCUUGUGUCCACAUGGCAGCAGCUGCCUGGGGCGCUGGUUUCCUCAAUGCCAUGCUGCACACUGCCAAUACAUUUUCACUACCACUCUGCCAAGGCAACGUUCUGGACCAGUUCUUCUGUGAAAUCCCCCAGAUCCUCAAGCUCUCCUGCUCCAACUCCUAUCUAAGGGAAGUUUGGCUUCUUGUGUUUACUCUUUCCAUAACUUCAGGAUGUUUUGUUUUCAUUGUGCUGUCCUACGUGCAGAUCUUCAGGGCCGUGCUGAGGAUCCCUUCCGAGCAGGGACGGCACAAAGCCUUUUCCAUGUGCCUCCCUCACCUGGCUGUGGUCUCCCUGUUUAUCAGCACUGCCACGUUUGCCUACCUGAAGCCCCCUUCCAUCUCCUCCCCAACUCUGAAUCUGGUGGUUACAGUUCUGUACUCAGUGGUAUCUCCAGCAAUGAACCCCCUCAUGUACAGCAUGAGGAACCAGGAAUUCAAGCAUGCCAUUAGGAAAGUGCUUUCAUGGAUGUUUCUCAAUAGUGACAAACUUCCCAUUGCUCUCCACGAAUGA